CUGCAAGCUUCCCCCCGCGCGCAGCCUCUGUUGGUCGUUGAUCGUGCAGGACCCGAUGCCCAAACACAGCGGCGUCACUACCUCGAGGCUGUGCUCGAGGUGAUCCAGGCCCCUGCGCUCGGCCUUCUCAAUGAUUUGGCCGCCAACUGCUAUGCGUUUGGUCGGACCUCAGGCUUGAUCUUUGAUGCUGGCGCGUACUCAACCCGUACGGCUGUGGUUGUCGAGGGCUUUGUCGAACCGGAGUCAUUCUGUCAUAUUCGCGUGGGCGGUCAACAGCAAACUCACAUGCUCCAGACUGCUCUCCAAGAGCGAAGCCGCAAGGUCUCUGAAUCCGUGGCCGAGGGGCUCAAAUUGCAGCAUUGCCGUACCGCUCUUCAAUACGAGUACGAACUGCACGACAUUCGGCAUCGUCCCCUACGCAGCGAGAUUCUGCAGCUACCUGAUGGACAUCAAGUGGACGCCGCCGAGGACCUCUUGCGCUGUGCCGAGCUGCUGCUACAUCCAGGCAUGGCCGGCGUUCGUGAGCCAGGACUCCACGAGGCCCUGGCGAGCUCCGCCGCCUUUUGUUGCGAGCCCAAGCAGUGGCGUCUUCGCUCCCUUCCGUCUCUGGUCUUGGGCUGCGGUGGUGCCUCGCAGAUGCCUGGUCUUGCCGAUCGCCUCACCCUGGAACUGACCCACAUCCCCGUGGUGGGGAACCUUCAACCACUCGUUGCCUGCGAAGCCACUGCCGCUCGGCAUCAUGCUGCCUGGCUUGGUGGCUCGCUCGUUGCAAGUGCAACAGCUUGUCGCGCUGAGGCCUUUGUGACCCGUGCCGAGUAUGAAGAGCACGGG